AUGGCAUUGCCAAAUAAUCCUAAGUCAGAAGCAACUUCUAUUUCGCUUGUUAAAUAUAUUGCCAUGGAUAUGCUGCCUUUAUCACAUGUAGAAGGUCUAGGUUUUACACAAUUUAUGAAAGACAUUCUUUCUGAAUAUAUAAUUCCCAGUAGAACUGUUAUUAAAAAUCGUUUGGAACUUUUGUACGAGUCAGUUCGAAAUGAUAUUCUUGAAGCCUUUCAUUGCUUUCCUUACAUAUCAAUUACAACUGAUGGUUGGUCAUCUCGUUUAUCAGACUCAUUCAUGACUAUUACGGCACAUGCUAUUGAUGAUUUAUGGAAUAUGCGUUCAGUAACUGUGGACACGAAUGAAAUGUCAGAAAGUCAUACUGCAGAAAAUAUUUACAAGUAUUUGUGUAAAGCUCUAUCAGAAUGGAAAAUAGUUGAUAAAACAAUUGCUGUUGUACAUGACAAUGCUCCAAAUAUGAUCGCUGCAAUGCGAACGAGUUCUAGUUCAAAUGUUAAAAUUGGCCAAAGUGUGCGUUGUUUCUGUCAUACGUUACAGCUGGUAAUCGAAAAAGCUUUCAAAGAAGAUACUUUUAAAAAACAUUUGCAAAAAGUUUCCGCUAUCGUUGGUCAUUUCAAGCAUUCUAAUAAAGCAACAAAAGCUCUCAGCGAUGCUCAAAAAGAACAUAAUUUACCAGAUCAUUGUCUAAUUAGUUAUUGUGUAACGCGCUGGAAUUCAGCUUAUGCUAUGAUGGAAAGAAUAUUAGAACAACCUAUACACGCACGUAAAAUAAAGCCCAAAUCUCACCAAACAAAAGCACCGUCAACUCGCCGGGCAAGGGAAAACCCUGCCCUCCAGCUUUUACGCUAUCACUGGACAGAAUGUGAAUGGAGUUGUAUUUAA